ACCCCAAAAUAGUAAAUAAUAUAAAUAUACAUACAAACACAGAAUUCAUAUAACACACGCGGACACCAAUUCAAUCUCCCACAAAGAUUUGAUUUUCAUUUUUCCAUUUCCACCUCAAACCCUUCAAAUUCUUCAUCUUUCUCUCUCAAAAAACCAGAAAAAAAGAUUGCAUCUUUCGUUUUCUGCUCAAUUUUCCCGGCGAAAUUCCGAUGAAAGGCGACUCCUUUCCGUGAGGGAGUGAAACGGCGGCGAUGAUGAUGAUGGUGAGAGGAGUGAACGGCGGAGAGUCUAGAAGUGGGAGCAACGCUUUGGAUACUAUCAACGCAGCUGCUUCGGCGAUCGCGGCGGCCGAGAGCCGUGUUCCUCAAGCCACCGUGCAGAAGAGAAGAUGGGCCAAAGGCUGGAGUGUCUAUUGGUGUUUCGGCUUUCAAAGACCUAGGAAGAGAAUUGGACAUGCUGUCAUUCUCCCAGAAACAAGUUCCUCCGGAGGUGAUGACUCUAGAGCCGAAAAUCCAACCCAAGCACCUUCCAUUGUACUUCCCUUUGUUGCACCUCCGUCCUCUCCUGCUUCGUUUCUUCAGUCAGAACCUCCUUCUGCCAUGCAAUCACCAGCUGGUUUUAAAUCUUCUAUUUCUGCUAGUAUGUACUCCCCCGGGCCUGCAUCGAUAUUUGCCAUUGGUCCUUAUGCUCACGAAACCCAGUUGGUCUCACCUCCCGUUUUCUCAACCUUUACUACUGAACCAUCAACUGCUCCAUUCACUCCUCCUGCCGAGUCUGUUCACUUGACUACACCUUCGUCACCUGAGGUUCCAUUUGCUCAGCUGCUUGAUCCUAACUUUAGGAAUGGUGAAGGUGGUCAGAGAUACCCAUUAUCUCACUAUGAAUUUCAGUCUUACCAACUGUACCCUGGAAGCCCAGUUGGUCAGCUUAUAUCACCAAGCUCAGGUAUCUCAGGCUCUGGUACUUCUUCUCCUUUCCUUGACAGUGAGUUUGCUUCUGGUGGUCGUCACUUCCUGGAGUUCCGAACAGGUGAAGCUCCUAAACUCUUGAACCUUGAUAUUCUCUUCACCCGUGAUUGGGGUUCAAGACUAUGUUCUGGUUCUGUGACUCCUGAUGCUGCAAAGUCUACAUCUUCCGAUGGUUUUACUCUAAAACCGCAUACCCCUGAAGGUGUAUUAAAUGCAGGAUCGAACAGUCGACGCAGAAAUGAUGAUGUUUCCAUUGGUCAUAGAGUCUCGUUUGAGUUAAGUGAUGAAGAAGUUGUAAGAUGUGUGGACAAGAAGCCAGUAGCAUUAGCUGAAGCUGUAUCAACAUCUCUACAAAGUACAAAAAAGGCUGAAGGAGAAGAAGGUCCUAGUCAAGAAGUGAGUAGUAGUCAUGAGUGCCCUGUUGUUGACACAUCCAAUGAAUCAUCAGAAAAGGCUGUAGGAGGAGAUGGGGAGGAGGCAUUCCACCGGCAUCAGAAGGAGCGAUCCAUCACACUUGGUUCUGCUAAGGAAUUCAAUUUCGACAAUGCAGAUGGAGGAGAUUCUGGCACCUCUACUAUCAGCACUGACUGGUGGGCGAAUGAGAAGGUUGUUUCGAACGAGAAUGGGCAAUCAAAGAAUUGGUCUUUCUUCCCUAUGAUACAGCCGGGUGUGAGUUAACGGAGUAUGCGCGCCAACUAAUGCCACAAUGGCUUCGACUUACAGACAAAUUUUGGGUUUUUAGAUUGGAGAAAGUACUUAGAUGAUGACUGAGCCAGGUCUAAGGAUGUUUUUUGUACAUGGUACCUGGAAUUGAAGCUCAGAAGCUGCGCAUUCAAGUAUGGAUGGUGAAAAAUCACAUUGAAGUCAACUUUUGGAUGUUAAUGUCAGUGUUUUACUCUGUGAUAUAAGUUUACAAUAGAACUAGACAGGAGUGAUUGGUGACAUGUGACAUAAAUAAUGGUAGCGGACUCCUAAUUGAUAGUGUCUGUGGGCGUUUAUAUUUGACCCACAUUUCUGCUUUA